CUGAGCCAGACUCCUGCUCGGAGCCUUUUACCCCUCAGGAAUCAAUGCCCGUCUGUCAAGAUCUGCGGCGACUCCAGGCAGCCCUUUCCAAACCUGGUAACCUGUGUCACCUGGAAUCCAGGGUCGGCAAGGCAGCAAAGUGUAAGCGGGGGGGAGGGGGGCGUAGGGUAGAGCUCGCACUGGUGGAAGCCAGAGAGCCAGCCCCUAACCCUGUAGCCCCUGUGCUAUGCCCUGAUCCUCUGAGCUCCAGCUCCACUCGCUCUCCCCUCAUCUGUGCUUCUGUUUCCCAGCAGCAGUCGCAAGCCCAGGCCGUUAACGCUGUCCUCCCUGCCCCUGCCCUCAGGAGCCCAGCCUAAGGGCCCACUGGCUGGGUAUCCAUUAUCUCCUCCAGGGCCUCCGUUCCCAGGGGCAGGCUCCGUUUAGUUCACCGGAGCAAUUCUGCUCUCCAGCCAGCCGGCUAUGGGAUUCAGGCACCUCCAGUGCCUGGCAGUAGGAUGCACAGAGGCACGCAGCAUCCGGAUCGAAGUAGUACCAGAAUGGGCCUGGCCGGGGUGGGGGAUGAAGCUAAUGCUGCUCUGUGCCCCCAGCCCCCCUUCGAGGUGGAGCUCUCCGAGAUUAUCAUGGUCAAGAACGAGGUCAACUACGCACUUAACAACCUGUCCAGCUGGAUGAAGGACGAGGGCGUGGACAAGAGCCUGGUGACUCAGCUGGACAGAGCCUUCAUCCGGAAGGAGCCCUAUGGAGUGGUGCUGAUCAUCGGGCCCUGGAACUACCCCUUGCAGCUCAUCCUGGUGCCCCUGGUCGGGGCCAUCGCGGCCGGGAACUGUGUCAUCAUCAAACCCUCCGAGAUCAGCAGCAGCACCGAGAAGCUCCUGGCUGAGACGCUGCCCAGCUACCUGGACAAGGACUGUUUUGCUGUGGUGACCGGGGGCCCCGCGGAGAUGACAAAGCUGCUGGAAAACAAGUUUGACUACAUCUUCUUCACUGGCAGCCCCCAAGUGGGCAAGAUCGUGAUGGCAGCUGCGGCCAAGCAUCUGACGCCCCUGACGCUGGAGCUGGGGGGCAAGAACCCCUGCUACGUGGCCGACGAGAGCAAUCUGCAGAACGUGGCCAACCGGCUGGUCUGGGGGCGCUGCUUCAACGCGGGGCAGACCUGCAUCGCGCCCGACUACGUGCUGUGCAGCGCAGAGACGCAGGAGAAGCUGCUGCCCGCCCUGCACCACGCCAUCACCCAGUUCUUCGGCCCCGAGCCCCGGGAGUCGCCUGACUUCGCCCGCAUCAUCAGUGACAAGCAGUUCCAGCGCAUCCGGGCCCUGCUGGGCAGCGGGCGCGUGGCCAUCGGGGGGCAGACGGACGAGAGAGAGCGCUACAUUGCCCCCACGGUGCUGGCGGACGUGCAGCCGUCGGAGCCUGCCAUGCAGGAGGAGAUCUUCGGGCCCGUCCUGCCCAUCGUCACCGUGCCCAACGUGGACGAAGCCAUCGCCUUCAUCAACAGCCGGGAGCGGCCGCUGGCCGUGUACGUCUUCGCCUCCGACAGCAAGCUGGUGCGCCGGGUGCUGGAGCGGACGAGCAGUGGCGGUUUUGGUGCCAACGACCCCAUAAUGCAGAUGACGCUAAUCUCGCUGCCCUUCGGUGGGAUUGGGAACAGCGGCCUGGGCUCGUACCACGGCAAAUUCAGCUUCGACACCUUCUCUCACCAUCGCGCCUGUCUCCUGCGCAGCAUGGGCCUGGAGCCCAUGAACUCCCUGCGCUACCCACCCUACAGCGAGCACAAAAUGGGGCUGGUGCUCUCCAUCUUCAGGAUCAAGCGCACGGGCACCUGCACCCUGCUAUGACGGGAGGCCCAGCCCAGCCACCCAGCACCACACAACCCACGUGUUGCCUGAUUGCCAUGCGGGGGAGGAGCAGCUGGCUUGAGCCCCCCAGCUGACCUAGGAAAUCUGACCUCCCUCCCACAGAUUAAAGACACUCUCCAGCCUUCCUCUUUCCCCCACUGACGAUGGAAGAAAAUGAUCUGGAAUAUUUAAGGCUCAAUGUCCUAACAUAGCGUUUCUCAAACUGGGGUCCACCGGCCCCGCUGAUCAACUCCACCCGGUUCCUCCCUCAACUCCCCUCCCUUCCUACCAGUGCCUCCUGCACGCCGGGGAACAGCUGUUCAGUGGGGUGCAGGAGAUGCUGGGAGGGAGGAGAGGGGAUGGGGUGCACUCGGGG